AAGCAUCCGGGGGCCCAGCCCCGCGCACACAGCCCGGGCCCUGCCCGCCCUCUACGCCUCCCGCGGAACCCCGCGCGGAGCCGCUGAGGUCCAGCCUGGGGCCAGCGAGUGGGUGUGAGCGUUGGGGGCCGGCCAAACUUCCUGUCCCGCUCUGCCGCUGCUUCCGGCGGGAGCCGGAAGACGCUGUGUGUGGACGGAAUUCGGGACCGCCUGACGGCUAGCCGGGUGCCCGGGACGGGAAGGUAAGGAUAAUGGAAACGCAGCGAGCAUCAUUGGUUUCUAAGAAACCUAACGAAUAUAAAAGGCAGCAAAUAGUUGUCUAGUUUCUUAGAGAUUUUACAAUCCUGGAAACUCAGAGUUUGAGGAACCUUAAGAAUAACCUAAACAAAUAUUUGGUUAUUUCUUGGCUUCUUAAGAUGAACUGGAAUUGGGGAGAAGGAAUUCUUAAACCUUGGUGUUUCAAGGUCAGACAUAAAUAGAUGCUAAAUUGAUUACCCACCCGGCACAGCAUCUUACAGGAAAAGCAUAGCAUUUCCUAGAGGAAUAUGAGCAUAACAGGAAGGUGUCACUGACUCUGAAUUAAAUUUUUAACCUAUCCCCUGAACAGCUACAGGAUUUGGAAGCUGAAUCAAUGUUAUCAGAUGAGUUAGAAUCCAAACCAGAGCUCCUGGUACAGUUUGUUCAGAAUACGUCCAUCCCAUUGGGACAGGGGCUAGUAGAAUCAGAAGCUAAAGACAUUACUUGUUUGUCCCUCCUUCCGGUGACUGAGGCCUCAGAAUGCAGUCGGCUAAUGUUACCAGAUGAUACUCCAAGUCAUACAAACUCCUCCAAGGAGGUCCCUUCCUCGGCUGUGUUGAGAAGCCUUCAGGUGAAUGUGGGCCCAGACGGAGAGGAAACAAGGGCUCAGAAUGUACAGAAGUCCCCGGAGUUUUUGUCCACUCCAGAGUCUCCUAGCUUGUUGCAAGAUCUACAGCCAAGUGAUAACACUUCUUUUAUUCUUCUUAACCUAACAAGAGCAGGUCUGGGCUCUUCAGCUGAGCACUUAGUAUUUGUACAAGACGAGGCAGAGGAUUCAGGGAAUGAUUUCCUCUCCAGUGAGAGCACGGACAGUAGCAUUCCAUGGUUCCUCCGGGUUCAGGAGUUGGCUCAUGAUAGUUUGAUUGCUGCUACUCGUGCACAACUGGCAAAGAAUGCAAAAACCAGCAGCAAUGGAGAAAAUGUCCACCUCAAUUCUGGUGAUGGGCAGCCCAAAGAUUCUGGGCCCCUUCCUCAAGUGGAAAAGAAGCUCAAAUGUACAGUUGAAGGCUGUGACCGGACAUUUGUGUGGCCAGCUCACUUCAAGUACCAUCUCAAAACGCAUCGAAAUGACCGCUCUUUCAUCUGUCCUGCAGAAGGUUGUGGGAAAAGCUUCUAUGUGCUGCAGAGGCUGAAGGUGCACAUGAGGACCCAUAAUGGGGAGAAGCCAUUUAUGUGCCCCGAGUCUAGCUGUGGCAAGCAGUUCACUACAGCUGGAAAUCUGAAGAACCACUUGCGCAUCCACACAGGAGAGAAGCCUUUCCUUUGUGAAGCCCAAGGAUGUGGCCGCUCCUUUGCUGAGUAUUCUAGCCUGCGAAAACACUUGGUGGUUCACUCAGGAGAGAAGCCUCACCAGUGUCAAGUCUGUGGGAAGACCUUCUCUCAGAGUGGGAGUAGGAAUGUGCACAUGAGAAAGCACCACUUGCAGCUGGGAGCCGCUGGGAGUCAAGAGCAGGAGCAAACUGCUGAGCCACUAAUGGGCAGUAGUUUGCUUGAAGAGGCUUCAGUAACCAGUAAAAACCUGGUGCCUAUGAAUUCCCAGCCCAGCCUUGGUGGAGAGUCCUUGAACCUACCAAAUACCAAUUCUAUCCUAGGAGUUGAUGAUGAGGUGCUUGCUGAAGGAUCCCCACGUCCCCUGUCUUCAGUGCCUGAUGUGACACAUCACUUGGUGACCAUGCAGUCAGGGAGGCAAUCAUACGAGGUUUCUGUCUUAACUGCCGUAAAUCCACAGGAGGUAAAUCUAUCUCUUGCCCUUUCUUUGUUUCUGUGAGACUGUUGUGGACAGCGGUUGGGAAUCUAUUUUAGAUGACCUGAAAAUGACUCCAGCUUCCCUUUCCUGGAAACUUUGACUAGAAUAUCUUCCUUUAAGUUAAGCAAGAGUCCUCUUAACUUAAGCUUGAUUGUUACGGUCUCCUGGAUUGGGAGAUUGGUCACUCACGGCUGGGUCUCUCAGCUUUAAUUUCCUUUAUAGACAUACCUUACUGAAUGAUAUCUGCCCCUGUUGAUCUCUGGCUAUAACAUGAGGAUGCUGCUUUUAUUUUAUAAAGAAAACAAAAUCCUGGACAGAGUGGUCCUUGAGCAAAAAAGAUAGUGACAAAAUCAUUGAAAAUAAUCAUUGUUCAUUUUAUUAGGGCCAUAGGUCCAUGAGAUACCAGGCUGAACCUACUGGGCCUUUAGGAAUGUGUUCAUUUGCUUGUGGAAUGAGAACCAUCAUCUAAAUCAGGGAAAGGUUUUAGGUUGAUUCUAAGCAUUCCCAACUCUAUGGUCUUGGCUCUAACCCAGAAAACAGAAUGAAAACCAGUCAGGCUUCUAAAAUCUUAGGGUAUUUUGUCGGGGGUGGGGGUAGAUGACUUCAUCAUGAGCUCAUUUCAUAUGCAUAAACUUUUGCCAAAAUCCAUGUACCCUGGAUGCCUUUGUAUUACAGUAUCUCUUACAGUGCUCUCCCGUCUUUUCCCCUGACCUUUUCAUUAUAACCUGAUACCACAAAAUCAGCUCUUCCAGUAUUCAGAUGACUGCAUCUUAUAUUAAAUACUCUGGAUUAUUCUGUAAGAUUCCUGGGGAUGUCCAGGAUCACAGGGCUCUGGACAUGCAUGUUAAUGAUUCUGCCAGAACCUUCCCUUGUAUUCAUCAUUGUGACCCAUCAUCUGAGCCUUGCUUAUAUUAUACUGAAAGUUUUUUUGAUGUUGGUUUCGUUGGUUCUUUGCUAAGUCACCUUCUCCUGGCUACUGCUUUGGAACGUAACUCACCUACGAAGACUUCCUUUAUUAUUUCCCCUCUUCUUUAUGUAUUUUAAAUUUUUUAUUAUUAAAGUUUUCAAAGAGUGUAGUGAGAGAAAGUAUAGUGUAAUGAACUCAUGUAGCUCUCCCCCCAACUUCAACAGUUAACUUUCUACUAUUAUUUUAUUUCUCCCUGCCUACUUCUUGUUAUUGCUGUUCUGUUUGUGCUGGAGUAUUUAGAAGCAAAUCACAGACAUGCCUUUUUAUUUGUAGACAUUUCAGCAUGUACCUCUAACAGAUAAGUAUUUUUUCAUAGCUGUAAUAUCUUCAUCAUACCCAGCAAAAUUAACAAUCGUUUAUUGAUAUCCUCUAAUACUUAGUCUGUGUUCCUUUUAUUUUUUCUCAAAAUGUCUUUUAGUGGUUGGUUGGUUGAAAUCAGAAUUCAAAUAAGAUCCAUUCACUGCAUUUGGUUAAUAAUUCUCUUUAUUGCUAAUAGUUUUCCCCAUCCCCUGCCCCCUACCCCUGUUUUUUCAGAAUGACUGCCUAUUUAAUAAGAAUUCCCCACGUCUGGUUUUGGCUGAUUGACUCCUUUUGUUUUUUAAUGUAUUUCUCUAUCUGCAGAUUUCCUAAAAACUGGUAGUUAGGAGCUUAGAUUCAUGUUUAGUUUUCCCCCUUGGCAAGAAUAUUCUAUAGGUGGUGCUCUUGCUUUCUGUUACAGCUCACAGCAGACAUGAUGUUUAGUUCUCCUCUUACUGAGCUUAAUGAUUUACCAAUGGGUUGCGUAAAAAUUUUGGCAAACAUUACUGAUCAUGGCCUCGAUCGGUUUUUUUUAUUAAGGCUUGCGAAUGGUGAUUAUUCUAACUCCCUUUUUCUUUCUGCUUUUACGAAUUGUGAUUCUUCUAUAAAAGAAAUAUUUUCUCUCAUCAACUAUUGGAUUGGUCUGAAACAGCUCAGAAAAAUCAUCUCCUUUUUUAUCUAGUGGAAAUUAUUUUCCUGACAGACCAACCCACUACACUCAACCUUUUCCUUUUUUAUAUUUGUAACCUUGGAGCUUUUCUCUCCUAUACUGCUAAAUACCUUUUUUUAUCGAAGCAUUUCAGGUUUUCUCAAACAGAUGACAGAUGUGUAGAAACUUAGUCAGCAGUACUACAUACCUAAUAUGUGCAGGGCCCUCUAUUGGGGACUAAACAACAGAAAACCAAGUACAGUCUCUGCCUCAAAGAGCUUACAGCCAGACUUUGGACCUCUGCCUUUUGUAACUGUGCACAGUGGUGCCCCUGGAGUUGUGCUGUACAGAGAGAAUGGGAAGGGCAACAGAUCAAAAAAUGGGCAAUUUUUAGACAGUGUAGGUAAGUAGUAGUCUUGGGGGGAGGCAGGGAAUAAGUUUUAGAGUUUAAGUUGAGACCUAGGGAUGAAUAGCAGUUAUAUUGAUGGAUAAGUGGGAGGGAUUGGAAGAAAAUAACAGGCAGCAGUGUGUACAAGGGCAGAAGGAAGGUGAGGGAGCAGGGCUCAACUAUGGAACCACAAAAGGUUGAGUAAGAUGGAAUGUGGAAUGGAACGUGAGAGCAGGGAAGGUAAGCUGGUUUCUCUCUUGAAGGGCCUUCACUUCAAGGACAUGAUUUUAUCCUGGGGACAGUGGAGAGCCACAUUAAGCCGGGUGUGACAUGGUCAGUUUGUGUGUGCAAAAAGUCCAGUAAUAGCACAUUUGUUCCCCUUGGACCUAGGCACGUGGGUCUGGAAUUGUCUUCAGAGUGUCCUUGUCUGGGUGAUGCUCACUCACGGCCUCAGACAGACACAAUACCACAGACCACCUAUAAAAAACAGAGGAAAACUCAGCCUUCACCCCAGGAGGCCACUAAGGGAGUACUAAGCACCCAAUUUCAUGAUGGAAGCCCCAGACGCUUCAUAGAAAAAUAUUAACAACACAAAAGAGAAAGUGCUGCCCUUAGUGUAGCUGAGAAUGCUAGACGAUCACUUUUCCCUCACGGGUCAUUGCAUAUUUACAAACACACCUUCUGUCUGAGCCUCACUUCCGUGUUUCCUUCACUGUUACCUCUGUUAUUUACCUCUUAUCACAGGCAUUCCCACUGCUCAUCCCUUUUCCUUAUUACGGCAGGCUUACCACAUUCUCUGAUACCUUCAUUUUUUAAAACUACAAGCCCCGCAAGGCUCCAGGUUUAGUCCUCUUCCUCAUCCAAGCUCCUGGUACUAACUGACCUUCCUCCACUGACUGAGGAAUGUUGACUAACUGACCUUCCUCCUCUGACAGGAAUGUUGAUUCCUUAGGGAUUCACAGAUAGAAGGAGGCUAUUUGCAACCCUCCCUUUAUGUAUGUAUGUAUGUAUGUAUGUAUGUAUUUAUUUGACAGAGACAGAGACAGCCAGCGAGAGAG